CAUUCUGGAGCGGCACGGCCACAUGGCAACCUACCCCGUCCAACACACCCGAGAACUCUGCUGUAUGUUACCACCGCCGUCGGCUCGACUUCGCAUUUGGCUAUACAUAGUGACUGUACGCAGUUGGGAACUUGGGAUUGAUCAAUAAUAUCUGUUCAUCCUUCUUUGGGCCGUACCUAACAUUUCGCGGCGGUACCUAGGAGAUACAAGAGCUAUGGCAGACGUAACAUAUAACAAGAAAAGGAAAAGUGAAACGACUGCUACACUAGGACUGCCGAGCUCGCUAUGCGCCGCUCGGGAUGCAAGGACAUCGGGCGGAACCCAAACCCACCGGGCGCCGGAACAGAAGAAAAAAAGAUACCACGGCACCGAGAUGACCGCCCUGAUCGGCGACCAUAUCAGCGGCGUCAACCCGUAUGUUAACCUCGUGCCCCUGAGGCCCGGACCCUACGGGAAGAGCCGUGUCCACCACGCCGUGGCGGCCAUGGCCCAGAUCGAGAAAUUGCAGAGUCAAAACGGCGGACAACACGCUGUCGUCUCGGCCUCGUUUGGAGCCAACGUAGACUUUGUCUCCGCCGUCGCCAACAUUGACCUGGAAAAGGACCCCGAAGGUACGAAGACCAAGGCCGUUGAUUACUCGCCCGAUUGGCUGGGCGGCGAUCACGCAGGCGAUGCGACACCUAUCUUCGCCAUCGCCGUAGGCAAUUGUGACAUCAACGGGCAUUGCGCGCCCUGUUCCAGCUUCCUCUAUGACAUACCGGGUACGGAUCCGACGAAUCACAAGUACCCCGACUUUUACAACAUCGGAUCUGGCCUCCUUAAUCCCACCAAAUUUAUAUUUGAAGACCCCGUGGGCGAAGAAACCAUCGAGUACAGCUGGGCCGAGAGGAGCGGCACCAGCCAUGCCACUGCCCUCGCAUCCGGCCUGUUGUCGCUCCUGAUCGCCCGAGACCCCGGCACGUUCAGCAGCGCAGGGGCACCCACGAAGCAGGGCCUGCAAUCACUUGCGCGGCGGAAGAAGGGUUCCGCCUGGCCGCCCGACUACUCGCCCGACACGGCCGGCUGGAGCGUCCCGCGCGCGGCCACAGACCGGGAAAUCCCAUGCGACCCGCCCGCAGGCACCAAUGAUGUGCCCGGGCCCGAGCGCCCGAACGUCCGUGAUUUAUUAUUAGAUGAUGAAAUCCCCGUCGACCUGACCGUAGACGUCCUCGCCGGGCCAGCCGAGUAUCAGAACUACCUCGCGACGGCGCCCUGCGUCUCCGCACGACCAGGAAGAUUGAACCCGCCGGUAUAG